AUGCACGGAGUAAAGCGUGUGAAGCCUUCAGCGGAAGUAGAAAGGCUUCGAAAAGAAAAGGAGGCAGUAAAAAUCAAGGAGUACAACCGUUUGAUAGCGUCGUGUUUCGCAAAGAAAACCAAUUCCGAAUACGAUGUCGAGGCAUUCAACAUUACCACCAAAAUACUGUCUCAAAAUCCAGACUUUUACACGAUAUGGAAUUUUAGGAGAACAAUUCUCUUAAAUACGAUGCUGAAAGACUGCUCUGCUGAAGAAAAACAACAGGAAUUAUCUUCAGAGUUACUUUUCCUCCAGGAAGUCUUUAGGCUGAACCCCAAAUCUUAUUGGAUAUUCAAUCAUAGACGUUGGUGUCUAGAGACUAUGCCAACCCCUGAUUGGCAGGGCGAACUUACACUUGUUGGUAGAAUAUUGGAUAUGGAUUCCAGAAAUUUUCAUGCAUGGGAUUAUCGUCGUUACGUGAUAUCUAAACUUUCCUCCACUGAAGCGGGUGACACAGAGAUCAGAAAAAAUGAAUUUGAUUUUACCACCACCAAAAUAAAUCAAAAUUUCUCUAAUUAUUCAGCUUGGCACCAGAGAAGUAAGUUGUUGCCGAGAUUAAUUAAGGAGAAGCAUUUAAACGAUCAAGAAAGGAAGAAAAUGAUCGACCGAGAAUUUGAGCUUGUCAAGUCCGCCUUUUAUACAGACCCCGAUGAUCAAAGUGCUUGGUUGUAUCAUUGGUGGUUAAUUGGUCGAGAAAUUCGACAUCUAUCUAUUCUUGGAGCUUAUUAUAAUCCAAAGAAGGCUCAAAUAAUUUUGUCAUUUGAUGAUGAGAUUGGAAUGCUAACGCCUUUUAGAGUACUAUACAAAUAUGAAAAUUCUACAAACGUUAUCAAAGGUGAUUGGAGAUCUGUAGAUGGAGAAAUUAGUAAUGAAGAUAGAAUGUAUGGAUUUGUUUGGGUUUUUACGUUUUCUGGCGAAGAAAUGGUUAAUUUCUCUGAACUGGUGGUCACUGUGAAGCCAGAAUGGAUAGUGACGUCACAUCCAGAGAAAAAGUUGGCCCGAACUAUUAGCAGAUGUUGCAAUAACGGAAAAUUUAAGAAGGACAAAGACAUUCUGGUAUUAAUGACUCCAAAAGAUUUGAAUGAAGGUGUAGCUGAUUCGAUGACUGAUAUGUUAUCGGAUUUGAUGAUUGAGUCACCGGAUUUAUUGCUGAUUGAUACGCCCGAGAGAUUAGCAGUCUUACGUCGUGAGAUCUCGGCAAUAAGAGAAUUGCUAGAUUUAGAACCAGAUAGUAAAUGGUGCCUGCAAACCUUAGUAAAUCUUUUAUGCGAGCUUAAACAUAUUUCUGGAAUAAACUCUGAGGAAAUUGCCGAAAUUGAAAAAGAAGUUGUGAUAUUGUGCGAUCGAUUAAUACAUAUUGAUAAAAUUCGCACAAAGCGAUUUGAGGAUUUGCGAUCUAAAGCUAUUUUCGAAAGUUCCACUAGAAUACUCAUUGAAUCCUCUAAUAUACCAUCGGAGGUCAUUUAUAAACAUAAAGAAUCAUUAAUAUCAGAAUCAACCCAAAUAUCAUCAUUUUCUCUUGCAGACCAAAAGAUCACAAUUAUUCCCUUACCAUCUAUCUUUUUGCAUAUUCGUAAACUAGAUUUAUCUCUUAAUAAGUUAAAAUCCAUCAAGUUUCUUGCAAAUUUAAUCAACUUGCAAGAAGCGAACCUUAGUAAGAAUUGCAUAACAAAUAUACAAGGUGUGCACGGUUUAGAAUUCUUGAGACAUCUGGACGUACGAUCAAAUUUAAUCGAGAAUUGGGAGUCCAUUAAAAAUGAACUGAAAAAGUGGCAGGGUGAUAAGUGUAAAGUGUACUUGUAUGGAAAUCCUUUUGUUGAAAUAAGUAACGAUUUACUUCUGGAACAGAGAAAGGUGGAAGGUAGGGUUGAAAUCGUUUGGGACGAUUCUUGA